GUGUGCUCUAUUUGUGGGGUAACGCGGAGUAGUCCUUUGGGCUCUUGGUAUUUUGGGAAUUGUUGGGUUAAUAACACGGUGAAUUUUCUGGUCUGGGCUUUGCCGUGUGUUGGGAGUGAGAUUGUGUGGCCAGUCCCGAGUUGACAGGUUCCGGGUUAUAAAGAAUCGAUUCUUCAAUCGUUCUAUUCUAGGUGCAAGUGCUGAUACCCUCCGCUUAAGGUCGAAGGACAGAUGACAAGUCAAGUGGGUGAAUGUUUGAGAGGUCACUGAUUACCCUGCACUGCACAAAGGCUGCUUAAAAUCUGUUACAAGUUGGCGGCGGAGAGCGAGGAGUUGAGUGAGAGUCAGCGCCGGUGGACAUGACAUUCCCAGAUUCUAAAAUGGCCAGUAAGAAGCUGUUGCUUUUAGAUGUUGACUGCGGGGUGGAUGAUGCCCAAGCGAUAAUGAUGGCUCUUGCAGCUCCUAAUGUGCAGAUCAUGGGUAUAACAUGUACUCACGGAAACACAACCAUUGACAAUGUGUGUAGAAACGUGCUUCGAGUGCUAAAAGUUUGCCAGAGGACCGAGAUCCCUGUGUUCCGAGGUGCCUGUAGCUCCCUCCUUGGACAGAGUUUGAAUGCUUCAGAUUACCAUGGAAAGGAUGGGCUGGGGGAUGUUCCAGACCCUAAUGCUCCAGGAUUGGAACAUCUACAAAGUGAACAUGCUGUGAAUGCCAUGAUACAGAUAGUCACUGAACACACUGGUCAGAUCUCUCUUGUGGCUGUUGGUCCCCUGACCAAUGUAGCUCUGGCAAUUAAAAUGGACCCCACAUUCUCUACAAAACUGAAACAUUUGUAUAUCAUGGGAGGAAACAUGGAAGGCAGAGGGAACAUAUCAGUCUGUGGGGAAUUUAACUUUGUAUCAGACCCAGAAGCAGCCUCCAUUGUUCUGGAUCAGUUCGUAUGUCCGACCUAUAUAGCCACAUGGGAGUACACUUUACGUCAUUCUCUGCCUUGGGAGUUUUUUCACAAGUGGAUAGAUCAAGACACCAAGAAGGCUUGCUUCAUGAAGAAGAUAACUGGACACAGUGGAGAGCGUGCUAAGAUCAAGCAAGAUGGUAAAGGGGUGCAUCCUCAAGCAGAGUUUGUGUCCUGUGAUUCUUUUGCAAUGGCGGCUGCUAUAGAUGAGAGUGUCAUUACUGAAUACAUGCAGUGCAGAGUAAGUGUGGAGCUACAGGGAACACUGACCAGAGGGAUGAUGGUCCUGGAUACACUGAAUCGCCAGAAAAACCAGAAUCGAGCUUUUGUUAUGGUGAAAUGUGAUCUUGAGAAGUUCAAGCAACUCAUGAUGUCUGCUCUGAAAUAGAUAGCAGGAUGUUUUCAUGGUGGUUCGAAAGAGAAAAUUAAAGACCAUCAUCAGUAGAUUUUAUAGAUCAUAAAUGUAGUUUUUAAAGCUUAGCAGGAACAGUUACCUUCCCAGUCAUCCAUUAAUGGGUCGGGCUUGUGAAGAAGUGGGUUAAAAAAAUACCUCAAUAUAAUUAAAAUUUGUUAUGGCCGUGUAAACUAUUGACUUCACACUGUCACGAUACAAAAGUUCAGUCAAUCUUGCAUCUAUAGAUCCAUCAUCAAUAGCAUCUGAUAGUCGAACAUAUAGAUAAAUCUCUAAUAUAGACACUUCAUCAGAAUCCCACUCUUGGAAAAGAGACACAAAGUUCCACGUUCAGUCACAUAUAUGAAGGCAAAAUACUGUGGAUGGUGGAAAUGUGAAAUAUGAACAGCGAAUACUGGAAAUAUUCAGGUCAUGCCAGGUAGCAUCUGCGGAGGGAAAAGCAGAGCUAAUUUUCAUUCCGCUUACCUUUUGUCAGAACUGUAAAAUGUUAUAGGUGGAACUCACUCUCCCUACACCUCUCCACCUCUCUACCUUGUUUUCCUCCUUUCAGACAUUCCCUAAAAUGUACCUUUUUGAUUAAAAUGUUGGUCAUCUGACCUAAUAUCUCUUUAUGUGAUUUGUGUCAUACUUUGUUUUAUAAUGCCUCUGUGACAGUGAAGUGUCUUGACAUGUUUUAUUACAUUAUAAAUAUAAGUUGUUAUUUCAGGGUUAUCCUGGACUAUAUUUCCAUUUUCUCCUUUGUCUCAUUCGACACUAACAAAAAGCCUAUUUUUCUUUCUUUCAGCUAUCUAGGACCCCAAGCUUCAAUAUCUGUUCAAUGCCCCUUCAGGACCCCUCUUCUCUUUCACUUUCCUCCCUUCCAAUUUCACCCUUGGCUGCUUUUUUUUUUAAAAACUAUUCCAUCCAACCUUCCCCUCUCUGACUCUGCUUCUGAUGGUUCUGUUGUUCAUCUAAUUAGUCUUCCUUACCACCCUAUCAUCCGUUGGUUCUUUUCAGCCCUCCCCUUCACACAUGCUUAAAACCCAUUAAAGCUGCAGCAUUUUCCAGUUGCGAUGAAACGUUAUCAACCUGAAGUGUUAACCCUGUUUCUCUCUGCGCAGAUGCUGCCUGACCUGCUGAGUAUUUCCAGCAUUUUUUUUUGUUUAUAUUUCAAUUACUUGUGUGGUUUGGGUGAGUGAAGAGGAGAAAGGAGCAAAAAAAAAAGCAAGGGAGAAUCAUAUUAAAACACCACCUUAUCAGCUAUCUCAAAUUACUUUUGGAGAUUUGAAGAUGACAUUUCAGGGAGGAAUGCUGAACAGAAUAUAGGGAGAUUGCCAUCUUGUUCAAAUAAUGCCAGGAGAUCUUUACAAACAAUUGAAAAGCCAGGCAAAACCAUGGUUUAACCUCUCAUGCAAAAAGUUGGAAUCCCAAACUGAAAAUUGCAUUGAAUGAGUCUCAUCAUAUUGAAGCAGGAGCACUGCUUUGCUAUGUGUGCAGUCCAUUAAACAGAAUCCCUGCUUCUAAGAACCCAGGAAGGUAAGGACUAAGAAAAAGCCAUUCACAUUUUACAAUGUUUAAGUAUGGAGUGAGUUUGAUGGGGCAGUUGGUCUUCUUUUAUUCCAUAUUUUUGGUAUGAAACUUUCAUCUGUCCAUUCGUUCUUAAGAUUCAGUUUUGGAGAACACUAUGUAUUUUAGAUUUAAUUUGUGAAAACAUCUGCCAUUCAGUGAGGCAGCUGAUGAUGGAAAUAAUAAUUAUAGGGCAUCACAAUUGUUAAUAAGUGCAAUAAAUAAAUAGCAUGAUGAGCACAAAAGCGGUACAAUAUAUUUCUCUAUAUUUCAGCUUUAGUACUCUGUAUCACUGUCAUUUUAAAACUCCUGAUUAUGCACUCAUGUUCUACCUGACAUCACAAUAAAGAAAAUAAUUAUUUUCCAUGAAA